GUAUCCUCAUUCUCACCCUACCGGGAAACCUGACGGCUUAGAAGGGGGAAGUAAGGCAGCGCGUGUGUGCAUAGAAACAUCAUGAAGAUUAUUUCCCAUAUUGUAACUAAUUCAGUCUUCAGAUGCACCAUUAGACUCCUUCUUUGCUUACUGUGGAUUGGAUAUUCUCAAGGAACCACACAUGUAUUAAGAUUUGGAGGCAUUUUUGAGUGUGUGGAAUCUGGUCCAAUGGGAGCAGAAGAAUUAGCCUUCAGAUUUGCUGUGAACACAAUCAACAGAAACAGAACUCUUCUGCCAAACACCACAUUAACAUAUGACACACAAAAGAUAAAUCUCUAUGACAGUUUUGAAGCAUCCAAAAAAGCCUGCGAUCAGCUGUCCCUUGGGGUGGCAGCCAUCUUUGGACCAUCCCACAGCUCCUCAGCUAAUGCCGUGCAAUCCAUCUGCAACGCCUUGGGAGUUCCACACAUCCAGACCCGCUGGAAGCAUCAGGUGUCAGACAACAAGGACUCCUUCUAUGUCAGCCUCUAUCCGGAUUUCUCUUCACUCAGCCGUGCCAUCCUUGACCUUGUGCAGUUCUUCAAGUGGAAAACAGUUACUGUUGUUUACGAUGACAGCACUGGUCUCAUUCGAUUACAAGAGCUCAUCAAGGCUCCAUCACGAUACAACCUAAGACUAAAAAUCCGUCAGUUACCGGCAGACACAAAAGAUGCAAAGCCAUUGCUAAAGGAGAUGAAAAGAGGCAAAGAAUUCCAUGUAAUCUUUGACUGUAGCCAUGAAAUGGCAGCAGGCAUCUUGAAACAGGCUUUAGCUAUGGGGAUGAUGACAGAAUACUAUCACUAUAUCUUUACCACACUGGACCUGUUUGCCUUGGAUGUGGAACCCUAUCGGUACAGUGGUGUAAAUAUGACUGGAUUCAGAAUUCUAAACACAGAAAACACCCAGGUGUCAUCUAUCAUUGAGAAGUGGUCUAUGGAGCGCUUGCAAGCACCACCAAAGCCUGAUUCAGGUUUGCUGGAUGGAUUUAUGACGACGGACGCAGCGCUGAUGUACGACGCGGUGCACGUGGUGUCGGUGGCGGUCCAGCAGUUCCCACAGAUGACCGUCAGCUCGCUGCAGUGCAACCGCCACAAGCCAUGGCGCUUUGGGACACGCUUCAUGAGCCUCAUCAAGGAGGCCCACUGGGAAGGCCUCACAGGCAGGAUAACUUUCAACAAAACAAAUGGCUUAAGGACAGAUUUUGAUUUGGAUGUCAUCAGCCUCAAGGAAGAAGGUCUUGAAAAGGUUGGAACUUGGGAUCCAUUGAGCGGCCUUAACAUGACAGAGAAUCAGAAAGGAAAACCAGCAAACAUCACAGAUUCCCUGUCCAAUCGCUCUUUAAUUGUCACGACCAUCUUGGAGGAGCCGUAUGUUAUGUUCAAGAAGUCUGACAAACCCUUGUAUGGAAAUGAUCGUUUUGAAGGUUAUUGCAUUGACCUUCUCAGGGAGCUGUCUACUAUCCUUGGAUUUUCCUAUGAGAUUAGGCUGGUGGAAGAUGGAAAAUAUGGAGCCCAAGAAGAUGCCAGCGGACAGUGGAAUGGAAUGGUUCGUGAAUUAAUUGAUCAUAAAGCUGACCUUGCCGUUGCACCAUUGGCAAUUACCUAUGUUCGUGAGAAGGUCAUCGACUUUUCCAAGCCCUUUAUGACUCUUGGAAUAAGUAUUUUGUACCGCAAGCCCAAUGGUACAAACCCGGGCGUCUUCUCCUUCCUGAAUCCUCUCUCCCCUGAUAUCUGGAUGUAUAUUCUGCUGGCUUACUUGGGUGUCAGUUGUGUGCUCUUUGUCAUAGCCAGGUUUAGCCCCUAUGAGUGGUAUAAUCCACAUCCUUGCAACCCUGAUUCAGACGUUGUGGAAAACAAUUUUACCUUACUAAAUAGUUUCUGGUUUGGAGUUGGAGCUCUCAUGCAGCAAGGUUCUGAGCUCAUGCCUAAAGCCCUCUCCACCAGGAUAGUGGGAGGCAUUUGGUGGUUUUUCACACUUAUCAUCAUUUCUUCGUACACUGCUAACCUAGCCGCCUUUCUGACAGUGGAACGUAUGGAGUCCCCUAUUGAUUCUGCUGACGACCUGGCCAAGCAGACAAAGAUAGAGUAUGGGGCAGUUGAAGAUGGAGCAACCAUGACUUUUUUCAAGAAAUCCAAAAUCUCCACUUAUGACAAGAUGUGGGCCUUCAUGAGCAGCAGAAGGCAGUCAGUACUUGUCAAAAGUAAUGAAGAAGGCAUCCAACGCGUGCUUACCUCUGAUUACGCAUUUCUAAUGGAGUCGACAACCAUUGAGUUUGUCACACAGAGGAACUGUAACCUAACACAGAUUGGAGGCCUGAUAGACUCCAAAGGUUAUGGCGUUGGAACUCCCAUGGGUUCUCCAUAUAGAGAUAAGAUCACUAUAGCAAUUCUUCAGCUGCAGGAAGAAGGCAAGCUCCACAUGAUGAAAGAGAAGUGGUGGAGAGGCAAUGGUUGCCCAGAAGAGGAAAGUAAAGAGGCCAGUGCUUUGGGAGUUCAGAAUAUUGGAGGAAUCUUCAUCGUGCUGGCAGCAGGAUUGGUGCUUUCUGUCUUUGUGGCAGUUGGGGAGUUUUUGUAUAAAUCAAAAAAAAAUGCCCAGUUGGAAAAGAGGUCCUUCUGUAGUGCCAUGGUAGAGGAGCUAAGGAUGUCUCUGAAGUGUCAGCGUCGAUUAAAACACAAGCCACAGGCCCCUGUUAUUGUGAAAACAGAAGAAGUUAUCAACAUGCACACAUUUAACGACAGAAGGUUGCCAGGCAAAGAAACCAUGGCAUAGAGCUGGGAAGCCAAAUAACCCAAGCACAAACUGUCGUCUUUUUUCCAAACAACCUUGCGAGAAUGUUUCCUGUGGAAAUAUGCAAGAAGUGCAAAAUAAAAUGAGUUACCUCAUGCCGCUGUGUCUAUGAACUAGAGACUCUGUGAUCUCAGCAGUUGCAAUGGCCAGACUCGAAUCACAAGCAUCAUGGAUCAACCAAGUUAUGCAGGGUUACACUGUUUGUCAUGGGUUUUCACCAUUCUGAAUGAAUGAAUGUUCCAUGUGAGUUUUGUGGC